AUGCUAUGCAGUGGAAGGUUCACAGGAGAUGACUGUACAUCAAAUAUAGACGACUGUGAUCCUAACCCAUGUCAACAUGGAACCUGUACCGACCUCGUGAAUGGCUACCAAUGUAAGUGUACACUCGGUUACACUGGACACAACUGUUCAUCAAACAUAGACGACUGUGAUCUUAACCCCUGUCAACAUGGAACCUGUACCGACCUCGUAAAUGGCUACCAAUGUAAGUGUACACUCGGUUACACAGGACACAACUGUUCAUCAAACAUAGACGACUGUGAUCCUAACCCCUGUCAACAUGGAACCUGUACCGACCUCAUAAAUGGCUACCAAUGUACAUGUACAGCCGGUUACACAGGACACAACUGUUCAUCAAACAUAGACGACUGUGAUCCUAACCCCUGUCAACAUGGAACCUGUACCGACCUCGUGAAUGGCUACCAAUGUAAGUGUACACUCGGUUACACAGGACACAACUGUUCAUCAAACAUAGACGACUGUGAUCCUAACCCCUGUCAACAUGGAACCUGUACCGACCUCGUAAAUGGCUACCAAUGUAAGUGUACAGUCGGUUACACAGGACACAACUGUUCAUCAAACAUAGACGACUGUAAACCUAACCCCUGUCAACAUGGAACCUGUACCGACCUCGUGAAUGGCUACCAAUGUAAGUGUACACUCGGUUACACUGGACACAACUGUUCAUCAAACAUAGACGACUGUGAUCCUAACCCCUGUCAACAUGGAACCUGUACCGACCUCGUAAAUGGCUACCAAUGUACAUGUACAGCCGGUUACACAGGACACAACUGUUCAUCAAACAUAGACGACUGUGAUCCUAACCCCUGUCAACAUGGAACCUGUACCGACCUCGUGAAUGGCUACCAAUGUAAGUGUACACUCGGUUACACUGGACACAACUGUUCAUCAAACAUAGACGACUGUGAUCCUAACCCCUGUCAACAUGGAACCUGUACCGACCUCGUGAAUGGCUACCAAUGUAAGUGUACAGUCGGUUACACAGGACACAACUGUUCAUCAAACAUAGACGACUGUACACGUAACCCCUGUCAACAUGGAACCUGUACCGACCUCGUGAAUGACUACCAAUGUAAGUGUACAAUCGGUUACACAGGACACAACUGUUCAUCAAACAUAGACGACUGUAAACCUAACCCCUGUCAACAUGGAACCUGUACCGACCUCGUGAAUGGCUACCAAUGUACAUGUACAGCUGGUUACACUGGACACAACUGUUCAUCAAACAUAGACGACUGUGAUCUUAACCCCUGUCAACAUGGAACCUGUACCGACCUCGUGAAUGGCUACCAAUGUAAGUGUACACUCGGUUACACUGGACACAACUGUUCAUCAAACAUAGACGACUGUGAUCCUAACCCCUGUCAACAUGGAACCUGUACCGACCUCGUGAAUGGCUACCAAUGUAAGUGUACACUCGGUUACACUGGACACAACUGUUCAUCAAACAUAGACGACUGUGAUCCUAACCCCUGUCAACAUGGAACCUGUACCGACCUCGUGAAUGGCUACCAAUGUAAGUGUACACUCGGUUACACAGGACACAACUGUUCAUCAAACAUAGACGACUGUGAUCCUAACCCCUGUCAACAUGGAACCUGUACCGACCUCGUGAAUGGCUACCAAUGUAAGUGUACACUCGGUUACACAGGACACAACUGUUCAUCAAACAUAGACGACUGUGAUCCUAACCCCUGUCAACAUGGAACCUGUACCGACCUCGUGAAUGGCUACCAAUGUAAGUGUACACUCGGUUACACAGGACACAACUGUUCAUCAAACAUAGACGACUGUGAUCCUAACCCCUGUCAACAUGGAACCUGUACCGACCUCGUGAAUGGCUACCAAUGUAAGUGUACAGUCGGUUACACAGGACACAACUGUUCAUCAAACAUAGACGACUGUGAUCCUAACCCCUGUCAACAUGGAACCUGUACCGACCUCGUAAAUGGCUACCAAUGUAAGUGUACAGCUCGGUUACACACUGGACACAACUGUUCAUCAAACAUAGACGACUGUGAUCCUAACCCCUGUCAACAUGGAACCUGUACCGACCUCGUGAAUGGCUACCAAUGUACAUGUACAGCUGGUUACACUGGACACAACUGUUCAUCAAACAUAGACGACUGUGAUCCUAACCCCUGUCAACAUGGAACCUGUACCGACCUCGUGAAUGGCUACCAAUGUAAGUGUACACUCGGUUACACUGGACACAACUGUUCAUCAAACAUAGACGACUGUGAUCCUAACCCCUGUCAACAUGGAACCUGUACCGACCUCGUGAAUGGCUACCAAUGUAAGUACACCGGUUACACAGGACACAACUGUUCAUCAAACAUAGACGACUGUGAUCCUAACCCCUGUCAACAUGGAACCUGUACCGACCUCGUGAAUGGCUACCAAUGUAAGUGUACAGUCGGUUACACAGGACACAACUGUUCAUCAAACAUAGACGACUGUGAUCCUAACCCCUGUCAACAUGGAACCUGUACCGACCUCGUGAAUGGCUACCAAUGUAAGUGUACACCUCGUGAAUGGCUACCAAUGUAAGUGUACGGUUACACAGGACACAACUGUUCAUCAAACAUAGACGACUGUGAUCCUAACCCCUGUCAACAUGGAACCUGUACCGACCUCGUGAAUGGCUACCAAUGUACUUGUACAGCUGGUUACACUGGACACAACUGUUCAUCAAACAUAGACGACUGUGAUCCUAACCCCUGUCAACAUGGAACCUGUACCGACCUCGUGAAUGGCUACCAAUGUAAGUGUACACUCGGUUACACUGGACACAACUGUUCAUCAAACAUAGACGACUGUAAACCUAACCCCUGUCAACAUGGAACCUGUACCGACCUCGUGAAUGGCUACCAAUGUAAGUGUACACUCGGUUACACAGGACACAACUGUUCAUCAAACAUAGACGACUGUGAUCCUAACCCCUGUCAACAUGGAACCUGUACCGACCUCGUAAAUGGCUACCAAUGUACAUGUACAGCCGGUUACACUGGACACAACUGUUCAUCAAACAUAGACGACUGUGAUCCUAACCCCUGUCAACAUGGAACCUGUACCGACCUCGUGAAUGGCUACCAAUGUAAGUGUACAGUCGGUUACACAGGACACAACUGUUCAUCAAACAUAGACGACUGUAUCCUAACCCCUGGACACAACUGUUGGAACCUGUUCAUCAAACAUAGACCUCGUCAAAUGGCUACCAAUGUACCAAUGUACAGUACAGUCGGUUACACUGGACACAACUGUUCAUCAAACAUAGACGACUGUGAUCCUAACCCCUGUCAACAUGGAACCUGUACCGACCUCGUGAAUGGCUACCAAUGUAAGUGUACACUCGGUUACACUGGACACAACUGUUCAUCAAACAUAGACGACUGUGAUCCUAACCCCUGUCAACAUGGAACCUGUACCGACCUCGUGAAUGGCUACCAAUGUAAGUGUACACUCGGUUACACAGGACACAACUGUUCAUCAAACAUAGACGACUGUGAUCCUAACCCCUGUCAACAUGGAAGCUGUACCGACCUCGUGAAUGGCUACCAAUGUAAGUGUACACUCGGUUACACUGGACACAACUGUUCAUCAAACAUAGACGACUGUGAUCCUAACCCCUGUCAACAUGGAACCUGUACCGACCUCGUGAAUGGCUACCAAUGUACAUGUACAGCUGGUUACACUGGACACAACUGUUCAUCAAACAUAGACGACUGUGAUCCUAACCCCUGUCAACAUGGAACCUGUACCGACCUCGUGAAUGGCUACCAAUGUAAGUGUACACUCGGUUACACUGGACACAACUGUUCAUCAAACAUAGACGACUGUGAUCCUAACCCCUGUCAACAUGGAACCUGUACCGACCUCGUGUAAGUGUACAGCUCGGUUAAUGGCUACCAAUGUAAGUGUACACUCGGUUACACUGGACACAACUGUUCAUCAAACAUAGACGACUGUGAUCCUAACCCCUGUCAACAUGGAACCUGUACCGACCUCGUGAAUGGCUACCAAUGUACAUGUACAGCCGGUUACACUGGACACAACUGUUCAUCAAACAUAGACGACUGUGAUCCUAACCCCUGUCAACAUGGAACCUGUACCGACCUCGUGAAUGGCUACCAAUGUACAUGUACAGCCGGUUACACUGGACACAACUGUUCAUCAAACAUAGUGGCUACCAAUGGAACCUGUACCGACCUCGUGAAUGGCUACCAAUGUAAGUGUACAGUCGGUUACACAGGACACAACUGUUCAUCAAACAUAGACGACUGUGAUCCUAACCCCUGUCAACAUGGAACCUGUACCGACCUCGUGAAUGGCUACCAAUGUAAGUGUACAGUCGGUUACACUGGACACAACUGUUCAUCAAACAUAGACGACUGUGAUCCUAACCCCUGUCAACAUGGAACCUGUACCGACCUCGUGAAUGGCUACCAAUGUACAUGUACAGCCGGUUUCACUGGACACAACUGUUCAUCAAACAUAGACGACUGUAAUCCUAACCCCUGUCAACAUGGAACCUGUACCGACCUCGUGAAUGGCUACCAAUGUACAUGUACAGCCGGUUACACAGGACACAACUGUUCAUCAAACAUAGACGACUGUGAUCCUAACCCCUGUCAACAUGGAACCUGUACCGACCUCGUGAAUGGCUACCAAUGUAAGUGUACAGUCGGUUACACAGGACACAACUGUUCAUCAAACAUAGACGACUGUGAUCCUAACCCCUGUCAACAUGGAACCUGUACCGACCUCGUGAAUGGCUACCAAUGUAAGUGUACAGUCGGUUACACAGGACACAACUGUUCAUCAAACAUAGACGACUGUGAUCCUAACCCCUGUCAACAUGGAACCUGUACCGACCUCGUGAAUGGCUACCAAUGUACAUGUACAGCCGGUUACACAGGACACAACUGUUCAUCAAACAUAGACGACUGUAAACCUAACCCCUGUCAACAUGGAACCUGUACCGACCUCGUGAAUGGCUACCAAUGUAAGUGUACAGUCGGUUACACAGGACACAACUGUUCAUCAAACAUAGACGACUGUGAUCCUAACCCCUGUCAACAUGGAACCUGUACCGACCUCGUGAAUGGCUACCAAUGUAAGUGUACACUCGGUUACACAGGACACAACUGUUCAUCAAACAUAGACGACUGUGAACCCCUCUGUAACCCCUGUCAACAUGGAACCUGUACCGACCUCGUGAAUGGCUACCAAUGUAAGUGUACAGUCGGUUACACAGGACACAACUGUUCAUCAAACAUAGACGACUGUGAUCCUAACCCCUGUCAACAUGGAACCUGUACCGACCUCGUGAAUGACUACCAAUGUAAGUGUACAGUCGGUUACACAGGACACAACUGUUCAUCAAACAUAGACGACUGUGAUCCUAACCCCUGUCAACAUGGAACCUGUACCGACCUCGUGAAUGGCUACCAAUGUACAUGUACAGCAGGUUACACUGGACACAACUGUUCAUCAAACAUAGACGAAUCCUGUGACAUGGAACCUAACCCAUGUCAACAUGGAACCUGUACCGACCUCGUGAAUGGCUACCAAUGUAAGUGUACACUCGGUUACACAGGACACAACUGUUCAUCAAACAUAGACGACUGUGAUCCUAACCCCUGUCAACAUGGAACCUGUACCGACCUCGUGAAUGGCUACCAAUGUAAGUGUACACUCGGUUACACAGGACACAACUGUUCAUCAAACAUAGACGACUGUAAACCUAACCCCUGUCAACAUGGAAACUGUACGGAUCAAGUAAGUGGAUUUAGUUGUGAUUGUAAUGCAGGUUACAAAGGAAAACUGUGCGAUACCGGUAUCAACGAUAUUAAUCAUGAUCCCUGUCAUGAUGGAAAGUGUGGAACAGCCACUCUACUGCCUAUGUCACCUGAAACCACUGAUGUAAUCUCUACGUUAGCUGACAAAAUACCUUCAUCUUCAGAAGCACUAUCUCCAUCGGCGGUAUUGAUGUCAACGACAUCUGAAAUAAAGUCAGUAUCGUCAGAAAUAGUUUCUACGCCGUAUGCAGAAAUUUCUCCAUUCACACCAAUAUUUGUGCCUUCUACAACACCAUUUUCGCCUUCCGAGUCAAUGCUGACAUCAUCUGAACCUAUACCCAUAUCGGUUGAACCAGUUUCUACAGAAGCAAUGAGUACAUCUACUCCAACUCCUCCAAGCAAAACAGAAGUGACGGUAUCCAAUACCAUAGUCAGUGUCCAACUGCUAGGUGACAUAUCGGGCCAACUGAUCACAAUGAAGGAUCACGUUCUACAACUCCUGGAAUCGUCAAAUGCUUCCUCGUUGGACGUUUCAACACAAAUAAUCCAAGUUGUUGGCGGUGAGACGGUAACAAACUUGACGAUUGGCAUCAGCUCCACGAAUUCAAGACUACAUGUCUCUAAAACAGCUUUAGCAGCAGCCCUUCAAAAGACAGUGUCUAUUCUACAACUUCGACAGUACGUCAAAAACGGGAACCCACAUUCACAAACUACCAGUAACAUAAACUGGGCUGCUGACCAUGCUCUUGUAAUUGGAAUAGUUGCGGGAGUUGUGGUGGUCCUCGCCAUCACGACUGCAGUCGUGUUGAUAAGGAAAAGGCACACAACGAAACAAGGUAAAGCUGCCUACAUAGAUGAGUGUACAUCCAAUGGAAUUACUCUGGCACCGGAUACUACAAUAACAACAGAAAGACGGAGACAUGUAAAUACAGAAGAGAUGGGUAGAUCUCUCCAACAUCCCUCCCUCUGGACACAAUUACUCAUAAUACAACUAUUAUUACUAUCUGUUGAGGUUCGAUGCAGGACGGAUAUAGGAAAAACUAAGUCCUCCAGGGCGCUGGUUAUCGUUGACCUGAAGCAGUACGAAGACAAAGGCAAUACGAAAUGUGAUGUGGGCGUAGUGUUCAUGAACCCAAAGUGUGAUGUCUAUAUGCAACUCUGCACAACUGCUAAUAUAUGUACGACGAAGGACAGCAGCAGCAGAGUGGACAAUACUAACGGUUUUCUCUUUAAGGAUCAACCUAAGACACAACAAUAUAAUCCUUCGUACUGGUACAUGGAUAGAUGGAACGGGACGUUUUUGUUGUCAGUUGACUUUUUGGAUUAUGAUUCUGUGGGUAAUGACGACAAAUUUGGAAACGUACACUACAACUUCCAGGGUACUGUAGGAACAAGUAAAACUACAACCGAGGAAGUUAAAGGAAACAGCAAACUCAGGUUAACUUUUGAAAUAAGCGUUAAGUGCUUACCUCAAUAUUAUGGCCCUGCAUGCACUAAGUUUUGUGAGGAGGACGCUCGCACCCACUGUACUGUUAAUGGAACGAAAGUCUGCAUCUUACCAGGGUUCAAAGGAGAGGACUGUGAUAUAAAAAUUGACAACUGUAACCCAAACCCCUGUAACCAUGGCAACUGUACUGACUUUAUCAAUGGCUACCGAUGUACGUGUACAAAAGGCUACAAAGGACACAACUGUUCAUCAAACAUAGACGACUGUGAUCCUAACCCAUGUCAACAUGGAACCUGUACCGACCUCAUAAAUGGCUACCAAUGUACAUGUACAGCUGGUUACACUGGACACAACUGUUCAUCAAACAUAAACGACUGUGAUCCUAACCCCUGUCAACAUGGAACCUGUACCGACCUCAUAAAUGGCUACCAAUGUAAGUGUACAGUCGGGUACACAGGACACAACUGUUCAUCAAACAUAGACGACUGUGAUCCUAACCCCUGUCAACAUGGAACCUGUACCGACCUCGUUAAUGGCUACCAAUGUAAGUGUACAGCCGGUUACACAGGACACAACUGUUCAUCAAACAUAGACGACUGUGAUCCUAACCCCUGUCAACAUGGAACCUGUACCGACCUCAUAAAUGGCUACCAAUGUACAUGUACAGCUGGUUACACUGGACACAACUGUUCAUCAAACAUAGACGACUGUGAUCCUAACCCAUGUCAACAUGGAACCUGUACCGACCUCAUAAAUGGCUACCAAUGUACAUGUACAGCUGGUUACACUGGACACAACUGUUCAUCAAACAUAGACGACUGUGAUCCUAACCCCUGUCAACAUGGAACCUGUACCGACCUCGUGAAUGGCUACCAAUGUAAGUGCACAGUCGGUUACACAGGACACAACUGUUCAUCAAAUAUAGACGACUGUAAACCUAACCCCUGUCUACAUGGGAAAUGUACCGACCAAGUUAAUGGAUUUAGCUGUACUUGUGAUACAGGGUUUACAGGUACAGAAUGUGAAACCAAUAUCAACGUCUGCAAACCUAACCCAUGUAAGUAUGGCAGCUGUACUGAGGAUAAAACUGGAUUUAGUUGUAACUGUGAAGCAGACUAUACAGGUAAAACUUGUGAUACCUUUGUAGACAUCUGUGUUCCUAAUCCCUGUCACUAUGGAAGCUGUGCUUUAGACACCGUUGGAUUUAGUUGUAUCUGUGAUGUUGGCUAUACAGGAAAGCUCUGUGACUCUCUCAUUAAUUAUUGUAAUCCAAAUCCUUGUAAAAAUGGAACUUGUUAUGAAAAGGAUAAAAAAGCGAAUUGUGAAUGCACUUCAGGUUUUAUUGGAAAGUUUUGUGAAACUAAUGAGGAUAAUUGUUAUCUUGAUGCAUGUGUACAUGGGGAUUGCAUAGAUCUUGUCAAUGAUUAUCGUUGUGAAUGCUACCCUGGCUUCACCGGCGGAAGCUGUGAUACUGAUAUCGACGAAUGUGAUGAAUAUAACAUGUGUGAGCAUGGCAACUGUACCGACCUAGUAAAUGCAUUUAGUUGCAGCUGUUAUACUGGAUUUACAGGUAAAUACUGCGAAACCAAUAUAAAUUACUGUACCCCUAACCCUUGUAUCCAUGGCAACUGUACGGACCAAGUUAAUGGAUUUAGCUGUACUUGUGAUACAGGGUUUACAGGUACAGAAUGUGAAACCAAUAUCAACGUCUGCAAACCUAACCCAUGUAAGUAUGGCAGCUGUACUGAGGAUAAAACUGGAUUUAGUUGUAACUGUGAAGCAGACUAUACAGGUAAAACUUGUGAUACCUUUGUAGACAUCUGUGUUCCUAAUCCCUGUCACUAUGGAAGCUGUGCUUUAGACACCGUUGGAUUUAGUUGUAUCUGUGAUGUUGGCUAUACAGGAAAGCUCUGUGACUCUCUCAUUAAUUAUUGUGAUCCAAAUCCUUGUAAAAAUGGAACUUGUUAUGAAAAGGAUAAAAAAGCGAAUUGUGAAUGCACUUUAGGUUUUAUUGGAAAGUUUUGUGAAACUAAUGAGGAUAAUUGUUAUCUUGAUGCAUGUGUACACGGGGAUUGCAUAGAUCUUGUCAAUGAUUAUCGUUGUGAAUGCUACCCUGGCUUCACCGGCGGAAGCUGUGAUACUGAUAUCGACGAAUGUGAUGAAUAUAACAUGUGUAAGCAUGGCAACUGUACCGACCUAGUAAAUGCAUUUAGUUGUAGCUGUUAUACUGGAUUUACAGGUAAAUACUGCGAAACCAAUAUAAAUUACUGUACCCCUAACCCUUGUAUCCAUGGCAACUGUACGGACCUUGUAAAUGGAUUUAGCUGUGUUUGCAAUGACGAAUUUACAGGAAAGCGGUGCGAAACUCCGCAAGAUAAAUGCAGUCAAAAUCCGUGUAAAAAUGGUAAUUGUACUGGAAAUGGAAUCAAUUCACAUUGUGAAUGCAUUCUUGGGUAUACUGGGGAAUAUUGUGAAACUAACAUAGAAGACUGUUAUUUUGGUGCUUGUAUGAAUGGAAUUUGUGUAGAUCUCGUUAAUGACUAUCGUUGCAAUUGCGACCCUGGCUAUACUGGGGAAAGAUGUGAUACUGAUAUCAACGAAUGCGCAUCUAGCCCAUGUUACCAUGGAAACUGUACGGAUAACAUAAAUAAAUUUACUUGUUCUUGCAAAAUAGGCUUCACCGGAAGUCAAUGUGAAACCGUGAUAAAGGGAUGUAAUGCGAACCCUUGUUACAACGGCAAAUGUACACCAGAUGAAAACGGUUUUCAAUGUAGUUGUGAUGUAGGGUUCACGGGAAUGCAGUGUGACAAGAGAACGGAUGGUUGCAGCAGAGAUCCCUGCAAGAAUGGAAACUGCACGGAUCAUGUCGGUGGCUUCUCCUGUAGUUGUGACCUUGGAUAUACAGGUCAGGUCUGUGAUCAAAAUAUAGAUGAUUGCAUCUUCGUUUCGUGUAAUGCUGGUGAGUGUAUAGAUCUCGUGAAUAGUUACGAAUGUAACUGUAAUAAGGGGUACACGGGGAAAGAUUGUUCCCAAGACAUUAACGAAUGUGAAUCAGGACUCUGUGAUAAUGGAAAUUGUACUGAUAUUGUAAAUGGAUUUGUAUGCAACUGCAUCGAAGGAUUCACAGGUCAGUUUUGUGAAAUUAACAUAGACGACUGUUAUUUUGGUGCUUGUAUGAAUGGAUUUUGUGUAGAUCUCGUCAAUGACUAUCGCUGCAAUUGCGACCCAGGCUAUACUGGGGAAAGAUGCGACACCGAUGUUAAUGAAUGCAUGUUUAACCCCUGUCACCACGGUACCUGUACAGAUGUUAUCAACGGAUUCACAUGUACAUGUCACUUAGGAUUCACAGGGGAAGUAUGUGAAAAUGAGAUCAUGGAGUGCACUACCAAUCCCUGUCACCAAGGAACUUGUGUUAAUCAUGGGAAUGGUUAUAGCUGUCUUUGCGACAAAGGAUAUACCGGAGUACACUGUGCAAGUGCGCUGAUCAUUCCAUCUUACACCAUCAAUGGAGGACAAACGUCGUUCCUAUACUCAACCGGGAAUCCAACUCUUCACAUGUCACAACAGCUACAUACUAGUUUCCAAACAAAAGUUCCUAUCACUGUUUCACCGUGUUUGUCCACCGAAUACGCACCAAGAGACACAAAAUCUUGGAAAUACUCCAGAUCCCAGAGCACUAUCGUCAUACAUCCGUUUGUCACAGAGUCUGUCAUUGAACACACACAAUCAGCAGCAUCCACGGUCGAAGUUCUGUUGACCAGUACGUCAGCUAUCGGGUUCACGAGCAUUGCACCUACCUUACCGACAACAUCUGUGAAUAUAUCUACCACCUCUGUCAGUGUCCAGUUGCAAGGAAAUGUAUCGGGUGAGGUAAAUAUAUUGCGGAAACACGUGCUACAGCUUCUAGGAAUGCCUUCGAUGACAGUCAGAGUUUCAUCAGCAUCAUUUCAAGGCAGCAACAGCAUAACUUUUACUAACAUGACGAUCAUUGUAACAUCGAAAAGCUCUCCAGUUACCCACGCAACGCUGGAAGCAACCAUCAACAAAGUUUUGUCAACAUUACAUGUACGAAAAUAUCACAAACUUGGCAACUCGAACGCAAACUCUGCCAGUCCUAAAAAACGUGCUGCCGGACACACUGUUGUGAUUGCGACAGUGUCAGCAUUCCUAGCUCUAGCCAUCAUCAUUGCUUCCGUCAUCAUUAUAAAAAGAAGACAAAAACGAAAAAAUAAAAUUCCGUACAUACGUGAAGAUUCGUCCAAGUCUAACAGUGUGAAUCUUGAGUCGAUUACCGAAGACGACCAGGCCGUGUUCGAUAACCUCGGAUAUAGAAAUGACAGAGAGAGGGCUGCCAGUGAACGGUUAUAA